AUGAUUGCAAAAAAUGAAAGAAAUGCACACAUGACCUUCGAGGACUUCUUCGGCCCCAAUGUCACGAUGCUGCGGUGUACAGUAAUGCCAUUUAUGAACUGCGCGUUCUUCGGGAAACGUCAAAUGCUCGGAAUUUUGGAAACGAUUUUCUCCGCAUUGAGCAUUACGGGACUCUGCUUGGUGAUGGUACUGAAAUUGCAAACUUUGAUGUCACUCUGGCAACAAGACACCGUCUACGCUUUAAGCACUGUCCCUGCAUUGUUAAGCAUUAUACUCAAUGUAUCGAAGGGCAUAAGGUUCAUACAGAAACGUGGGGAGUUGAGGGAUCUCCUUCAAAAAAUGGCAUUACUUUGGAAUACCCUGAUUAAUACAAAUAUAAGCAUGAACAUCGUGCACGAGAUGUUCCAGGCAUUAAUUAUCUGUAGAACCGUUUACUUUGCUUUAAUCGUGGGUUGCGUCAUCUUUUACAGCGUCCCCGUGUAUGCAAACAUCAGUAUUCAAUAUUUUCUCACGAAGAAUGAGAACAAUUCGUACAACUACACUCAGACGAUAUUUUCGGUAGUCUAUCCGUUCCCGACGAGGAAUGCAUUCGCCUAUUUCACCGUCAUCACCAUGGAACAAGUGAUCGCGUUACUCGCCGCCACGAUGUGGGCAUCCUGCGAUACAUUGUUUGCCCAUGCAACCACAUACGCUGCCAUACACUUUCGGAUUCUGCGCCACGAGCUGGAGAACGCGUUCAACAACGAUAGCAAGCCUCGGCCCAAUGACAUCUCCAAUUUAAAGAUCGUCCUUCUUGUCGACCGUCACUUGGAAUUAUUCAGACUAUGUAACGCGAUCGAAAACAUAUUCGGUCCGGUAGUAAUGCUGUCGAUGCUGCUCUGCGCUACAAACAUGUGCAUCUGCAUGUACCAAAUAGAGAAGAUGCUGAUUCUGGGAGAUUACGUAGAAGUAGCAAUGAAUGUUACACAUCUGAUAGCUUUAUUUCUUAUGACCAUGACAUUUUGCGGUUACGCAACGAUGCUGAGUGACCAGUCGGAGAAAGUCAGUCUAGGCGUGUAUAGAUCAAAUUGGUUCGAAUGCGAUCCCAUCAUGAAGAUUUUCCUCAUGUUCAUAAUGAGGCGCAGUCAAAAACCCUUCCACUGCACAGCUUAUGGCUUUUUUCCUCUCAGCCUAAAUCAAGUUACCACGAUCUUCAGUACGGCAUUGUCGUAUUUUUCGAUUUUGCGGAGGAUGACGUGAUUGUCCUGCUUCGACUUUCUAAUGUUGAGCCUCGUAAUCGAUUAAAUCGAUUGAUUGCAAUGUUGCAAGUCCCAUAUCGACAUACAAUUGACGUCCAGUUCUGGUGAAUUCGCUCUCAA